CGCCAACAUGCGACCAAUUAUUUCCCGUUCGCUCUUUGUGCAAUUCACUGCAAUGGGAUUGGUUUUGGCCUGCACUUUAAUUCAAAUUCUAUUCUUUGCCAAUUUUCUAACGGCCCUUUCGGCCAUAUGGUACUUGGCUGCUGCUGCCCUGCAAUCCUUUCCCAUUUGCUUCACCUGCGAUCAUAUUCUGGCGGAUUGCCAAAAGCUCUCGAUGGCCAUAUUCCAUUCAAAUUGGAUCGGUGCCGAUCAUCGAUAUACUUCAGCCCUCAGGCAUUUCAUGCACAAUGCUCAGCAACCAAUUCGAUUUAUGGGCGGCGGAGUUUUGCCCAUCUGUCUAGCGACCUACAGUCAAAUGGUGAAAAUGGCGUUCUCUCUUAUCACUUUCAUAAAUCAAAUGAAUAUAUUUGAUUUAGAUUGAACAUACAAAUAAUUUAUUGCAAAUCACAUAAUUUGAAAUGU